AGCCCGCGGCAACCAAGGGGAGAGACGCAGCCGGGCAGGGAUGGAAGACUGGGUUUAUUGUCUCUCUCUUUUUUGUGCGGUGUUUUCUGCAAGAGUCCUUGGUUUUCCAGAUGGAAAAAUCAACCCAGCUUGUGAUUCUAUGUUACCUAGUCAUGGUAACUUUGUUUCACAAACUACCUCAGCACCUUACGGGAUCUCCAUAUCCAGCACUUCAUUUGACCCAGGAAACAAGAUCACAGUGACUCUACAAGGAAUUGACAAUUCCACUUUUAAAGGAUUUUUACUACAGGCCCGAGCAGUUAGCGGAGAUGGUAUUGUUGGUACUUUUCAAAUCAUAGAUCCAAACACGCAAGGUCUUUUGUGUAACCAAGUUCAGAAUUCUUCAAUGAGUCACACAGAUCGCAACAGCAAGCAAAAUGUAACAGCAAUUUGGGUAGCACCAUCAGGCACAGGAAACGUACAAUUCAGAGCAACUGUUGUUCAGAAUGUGAGUGUUUUCUGGGCUAAUGUCAGAAGUCAAACUCUUGUGUCUUCCAGUUCCUCCGUUGACUCAACCUCUGGACGUGAAGGCUGUGGCACACAGAAGUUCUGUUUCAUCAGUCCCACUGGGUGUAAUCUGGAUGAUCCAAAUUGUUAUUUCAUGUCUUCUGAGUCACUAGGUGGUGAUGCUUUUAAAUUUGAAAUGAGCGGCCUUUCUGAUGGAUAUAUAGCCAUUGGGUUUUCUGAUGAUACACAAAUGGGGAAUGACGACAUUUAUAUCUGUGGUAAGAAUGCAACAGGACAAAUAGAAGUUCAACAUGCCUUUUCAACUGGACGAACUAGUCCCAACAGUUUGUCUCUGGGUGAUGUUCAGAGCAUAAAGACUUCCUUUAACAAUGGAAUCAUCAACUGCUCUUUCAUUACAAGAAAUCCCAUAUCGACUCAGUCAAAAGCUGCCAGCAAUUUGUACUUCAUAUUUCUGGCCCAGGGACCAUCAUCAGCUGGACAGAUACAGAAGCAUCCUAGGACACCCCUUAUCACUCCUCAGAAAGUGAACAUUUCAAGCUAUGAAGCAGUAGGUGGCACUAGUUCUACACCUUCUAUCAUUAAGGCUCACGGGGCCCUGAUGCUGAUAGCCUGGAUGACCACAGGAAGUAUAGGAAUGAUAUUUGCUAGGUAUUUGAAGAAUGCUAUCGGAAAAACUCUCCUUGGCAAAGAUAUUUGGUUUCAGAUUCAUUUGUCUCUGAUGGUGAUAACUGUCGCAGAAACAAUAACUGCCUUCGUACUGGCCUUUGUAGAAGUAAUGGGAUGGGCUAGUGAUGCAGAAGCCCAUGCUGUCAUCGGAUGCAUUGUCAUGAUUCUUUCUUUCUUUCAACCAGUGAUAGCUUUUUUUCGGCCUUCUCCUCAAAGUAAAAGGAGAUUUAUUUUUAACUGGUUUCAUGCUCUAAAUGCCUUUGUCAUAAAAGUCCUGGCUGUUGCUGUCAUAUUUCUGGGACUGCAGAUGCUUGACCCCUCUCCCAGCCGAUGGAUGGUCAAAACUAUGGGAGGAUUUGUAGGAUGGGAGGCAUUAGUGUACAUAAUGCUUGAUGCAAAUGCUUGGUUGAAAAAGAAAGAGAAAUAUGAAGAUUCACAUAGGAAGAUAAAAAAUGAAAUGGUUCUAUUUUUAAUAUAUACAUGUGGAAACCUGGCAUUUUUAAUAGCACUGCUUGUGGGAAUUGGAGAAUCCUAAAAUGGACGGAAUUUAUCUUGGAGGAAUGAAGAUUAUUCCUAUCUUGAGACGCUUCUAGAGUAAAUACAAAGAAACAAUGAACACUGAAUAGAUGUUUUAGCAAGUUUUUAAUUUUGUUUGUUUAUAAAUAAUAUUUUAGGUUCUCUAAUUGACACAUUAUCAUUUUCUACACAAUAAUUGAAAAUAAUUUUUAUAAAUGAGAUUCCAUUAGCUACUUAUUGGAGAUGUUCUACACAGUAUAGU